AUGGCAAACAUCUUAGGACAUCUCACCAUCUGCCCUUUCUUGCUGCUGACUCUGCCGAUGAAGCCAACUUCCCUGGAUCAGAGACCAUGCAACCAUCCGCAGGGAUCAUUUCUAGUCUACCGUUCUGCAUCGCUGCUGUUUGACUGUUUGACUGUUGAAUCGUGCUUGCUGAUUGAGUGGUUUAGCAAGGGCACAGAUGGUAGCAUGACUGCUAUUCCAAAUGGAUUGAACAAGCCUUUACCUUGGACUGACAGAAAACCAAAUGCCUGGAUUGGACUCUGGGGGACAUCACUUGCACACAAACCCUGUAACUCUGGGAAUCAGUACAUAAAUUCUUCUAGUUAUCAGUUAAACAUAUCAAACUAUAGAACACUGUUCUAUAGCAUUUCCUCUGUGAAACUCCCGGGGCUUUUAAUGUCCCCAGAAUGCAUUUCACUGUUUUCCAUAAGACUCAAAAGCAACACAGGGUCUAAAAAGAGCAGUAAAACGGCUUUGCAGAAAACAGACGACGAUGACGAUGAAGAUCAGGAGAUGAGUGAGCAGGAAGAUGAAGUUGAAGAUGACCCCAAUGUAGUAAAAGACUUUAAGGAUGUGGAGAGAGUCGUCCCUUCUUUUGGAUAUGACGUUAUUUUGAAAACAGGUCUGGAUCUUGCAAGAAAUAAAAUAGAAGAUGCAUUCUACAAAAGUGAACUCAGACUGAAUGGAGAAAAAUUAUGGAAGAAAAGCAGAAUGGUGAAAGUGGGUGAUACACUGGAUCUUAUCAUUGGAGAGAUUAAAGAAUUAGAAACAGGGAUGGCUAUGAGAAUUGUCCUGAAAAAAGUGUCAGAAGAGAAAACUGAGUCUGAAAAGUACCAAGUGCCAUUACACUGUUGGAAAAACAUCAUCAGACUGCCCAAGAGGAGCCUGUCGAAGUACCCAGAUUCCUAUGGUACCAGCAAUCCAGGAACUCAAGUGGUUUUCACCUAG